AUCAAACUCAAGUCCGAAGAAGCUCUGGAGAGAGAUUUUAUUUUAUUUUCACCCUUUAUUUGAAGGGGUUGCAGUAGAAAGGAGAGAGAAAUGGGAAUAUUGUGAUUGGCUGCUGAAGUGGGGUCCUAAGGUUUUCCAUAGACUAGAGAGAAGAUUCUUCGGUGUUCACGCGCGUAGCUUUGGGAGUUUUUAGUUUAUAUAAUAUCAUCGCCAAAGACAGCAACAGAAACUAGUGAUGAUGAUAAAAAUAACAGAAAUGCAAGUUGGUUUUUUGUAAUAUAUUUUCUGCUUGUGUGGUUGGGGUCUUGUGAGAAAGGAAAACAAAAGGGUACAUUCAUCCAAGAACAGUCACCACAUCUUUUGUUAGAUUAGAUUGUUUCACUCAAAAGCCUAUACUACAUACUACACAGUCACAGAAACCUAAACUACCAAACUGGGAUUUCCUCAUAGAUUCUUUGUAAAUUCAAUCAAAACAAAUUUUUGUUGAUACGAUGUUUCUGCGCCUCCGACAGAUUGGGUUUUUGGAUACUGGCAAAAGGAAACUUUCCUGGAAGUUCCUCUUUUUGUUUUUCAUCUUUACUGUGGUCUUGAUACUGCUUGCAAUUCGAAUGUAAUAAUAAGGGCUCUGCUUGAAGCAAAUUUGAAGCCUUUUCAACAUGGAAGGUGGUGGUGGUGGAUUUUCACCUAAUUCUACUACCUUCGGGAACUUGUCUGAUGCUGCUAUGGACUUGGAUUUUAUGGAUCAACUCUUGGUUGAAGGAUGCUGGUUAGAGACUAGCGAUGGCUUCAACUUUAUGCAACCUGCUCCUUCAACAUCUACCCCUUCUCCUCACUGCUUCCCUGUAUCCGGCUCUAAUACUUUUCCUUUUACCAUAAACCCUCAUCAAAUGCAUCAAGGAGAGACAGAUAUGCAAUUUGCUCCCUCUCAAACUGACAACCUUUCUAAAACUCAGUCAAAAAACUGGGGUGGUGUUGAAAAUGCUUCAUCGUUAUCCCAAACUGGAAGUUUUAUAGUUGAAGGCACUGAGAUGGGCAGUAGAUGGUGGAUAGGGCCUAAAGCGGAAUCCGGUUCUUCUUUAUCUGUGAAAGAGAGACUAAUGCAGGCUAUAAAAUAUUUGAAGGAAUCUACUAAAGAUAGGGAUGUUCUUAUCCAAAUCUGGGUGCCUGUUACAAGAGAAGGUAAGCAUGUUCUUACUACUGAAGGCCAGCCUUAUUCUGUUAACACAAAUAGCAAGUCCCUCAAAAUCUUUAGAGAUGUCUCCAAGUCCUAUAACUUCCCUGCUGAGGAGGAUUCAAAUAAAUCGGUUGGGUUGCCUGGCCGUGUCUUUUUGGGGAAGUUGCCUGAGUGGACACCUGAUGUUCGUUUCUUCAGAAGCGAAGAAUAUCCGCGUGUUAGUUUUGCACUAAAGUACAAUGUUGGUGGAUCUCUAGCUCUUCCUGUUUUUGAACGAGCCAGUGGAACUUGCUUGGGUGUUGUUGAGGUUGUCACAACUGCUCAAAAGAUCAAUUAUCACCCAGAACUGGAAUACGUCUGCAAAGCUCUCGAGGCUGUUGAUCUAAGGACCUCACAUAACUUCAGUCCUCCUAAUGUUGAGGCUUGCAAUGAGUUGUAUCAAGCUGCAUUGCCUGAGAUAGCUGAGGUUCUGAGAUCUGUCUGCAAGACAUAUAAGCUGCCUUUGGCUCUAACAUGGGCCCCAUGCCUCAGUCAAGGUAAAAGUGGAUGCCGACAUUCAGACGAGAACUAUUAUAAUUGUGUUUCCACCGUGGAUGCUGCUUGCUUCGUGGCUGAUGACAAAUUUUUGGGCUUCCUUGAGGCAUGCUCUGAGCACCACCUGUUCAGAGGCCAAGGAAUAGUUGGUAGAGCAUUCACAACAGACAAAAAAUGGUUUGCAACUGAUAUAACUGCCUUCAGUAAGACAAAUUAUCCUCUCUCUCACCAUGCUAGGAUGUUCAAACUGCGUGGCGCAUUAGCUAUUCCACUACAAAGCAUUUUUACUGGAUUGGUUGAAUUCGUUUUGGAGUUAUUCUUCCCAAAAGAUUGUCAUGAAAGCGAAGCACAGCAGCAGAUGCUGAACUCAUUGUCCAGUUUUAUGCAACAGGCAUGCCAGAGCUUGCAUGUUGUUAUGGACAAGGAGCUUGAAGAAGAAGUGAUACUGCCCGUUAAGGAAGCGGUAGUUGCUUCUGAUGGGAUAUCAGACAAAGAAGAAACUAAAUUUAAGAUUUCUUCUCCAAACGAGAACUCCCCAGAGGAGUCAUCAUGGAUUGCCCACAUGAUGGAGGCCCAACAGAAGGGGAAAGGUGUUUAUGUCUCCUGGGAAUAUCAAAAAGAAGAACCAAAAGAAGAGUUCAAGAUGACAACCAGUUGGGAAGAAACUCGGCAAGAGUUAUAUAAUAAGCAGGUACUUUCAGAUUUUGGGCUGCUUCAUCAAAAUGCCGGAAGCAUAGCUAGUCUUGAGGGAGGAGGUGGUGACUCCUCCUCAUCUGGCGGACGUCACAUUUUCGCACGUAAAAAAGCAGGUGAGAAGAGACGAACCAAGAUGGAGAAGACAAUCAGCUUGCAGGUUCUUAGGCAGUACUUUGCAGGGAGUCUUAAAGAUGCUGCUAAAAGUAUUGGUGUGUGCCCCACUACUCUGAAAAGGAUAUGCAGGCAACACGGGAUCACUCGAUGGCCUUCUCGAAAAAUUAAGAAGGUAGGCCACUCUUUAAGAAAACUUCAACUUGUGAUUGACUCGGUCCAAGGUGCUGAGGGUGCCAUUCAAAUUGGAUCCUUCUACUCAAGCUUCCCCGAACUGAGCUCACCAAACUUUUCUGGCAAGGGUCCUUCGUCAUCCAAGAUAAGUAACCAGUCAAAGCCAUCAGAACCUCAAAUUCAGAGCGGCGUGCUCAGCCAAGGAGCUGCUGCUGCUGCUCCAAAGUCUCCAUCUUCUUCAUGUAGCCAGAGUUCUGGUUCAAGUACCUGUUGUUCCACUGGAGCAAAACAGCGUAGUACCAGUAUAAGCGCAUUGUGUAGUACAGACGGGUUGACAGUGGAGAACCCCGAAGGAGCACUAAAGAGAGCUCUCAGUGAUGCUGAUUUGCAAGCCUUGAAUCAAGAGGAGCCAAAGCUUCUUGCAAGAUCCCAAAGCCAUAAAACAUUUGGUGAGCUACCUAGUUUUGAGACUAAACCUCCCUUGCCAAAAAGUGGUGGCCACAAAUUACGAACUGCGGGUGCCAUAAAAGUAAAAGUUAUGUAUAGAGAAGAUAAGGUACGGUUGAGUUUGCAACCAAGCUGGGGUUUCAAAGACCUGCAACAAGAGAUUGGUAGGCGUUUCAACAUCGAAGAUGUCAGCAGAAUUGAUCUCAAAUACUUGGACGAUGACGAGGAGUGGGUUCUUUUGACAUGUGAUGCUGACCUUGAGGAAUGCGUUGAUAUAUAUAAAUCAUCCCAAAGCAAAACAAUUAAAAUCUCCCUUGAACAAGCUUCUCAUCCGAAUCUAGGAACUUCAUUUGGUAGCAGUGCCCCAUAAUAACGCCGCGGGAUGGAUAGUAUAACUUGAUGGUUGUAGCAGUUUUUUAGGAACAUAUGAUUUAUUUCCCACAUAAUAGUGUAACCAACAUUUAUGUAAUCUAAUUAGUCAAUACUGGGAAUUAUAGACUCUGCAAUAACAAGUUUAGACGUUCACUUGA